AUGUGGGGAGAUCCAGAGUGGGAGAAGGGUGCCGUGCUGGCAGUGAGGGUGGCGUGGCAAGAAUGCAAGGCCGAGAAGGAGGACAUGUCGCUGGACACCGACAAGGAGGACACGUCGCUGGAUGCCGAGCACCUCGUGGUAGAUGCUGAUGGUGCCAGUGGGCAAGGCACAAGGAGCGGUGUGCUAUCCCCAUCCCAAAGCACAGCUACAAAUGAAGAAGUUGAGGAUACCUCGGGACAAGAAGAUAGGAUCAGCCCUGUAAAGAAGGUGGAGGAAGACGGAAGACACUGCGCCCUGCAGCCAACUGGGUCGACUUCCCAAGACUCAGUGGUUCUUGACAGCCAGCUUGACCAUGCCUCGGUGCAUGGGUGGCUGCCAAACUUCCUCGGUGACGAGAAGGCUGUGACCUCGCUUCCUGUGGUUGAAUUUGCACAGGAGCCCAAAGGUCAGUCAGGGUCACAUGAACAGCGCGAGAGCUGUUUCUCUGAUGGGAUUGAAAAGGAGGCAAAAAAGAAAAAAGGAAACGACGAAAGUGGAAUGUGUGCUGAGAAAGCAUCUAGCGGAAUCCCUGGAGACCUCUGCAGGCAGGGUGUGUGUUGCCCAGCUGCUCACCGAUCAUCCAGAUGUGCUUCAGCCAGCUCUGUGGUUCAGCAGUCCUACAAAGUACCUCCAGUUCUGGAAUCCAGAAGUAGCCGUGAUGGGACCAAGGGGAAAAAAGUGUUACUUGAGAAUCCACAGAUUCUACCACCAGUCAGGAAGAAGCCACGCACCUUCUAUAGCGCAGAGCAGCUAGAAGAGUUGGAGAAGGUGUUCCAGGAAGACCACUACCCCGACAAUGAGAAGAGGAGGGAGAUCGCGGCCGUGGUUGGUGUGGCACCACAGCGUGUCUUGGUCUGGUUCCAGAAUCGCAGGGCAAAGUGGCGGAAAUUGGAGAAGUUGAGCGUGAAAGGCGACAAAAAAUAUCCAACAUCAUCAGCUCUGUCAGUCCCCUUCAGGUCAGAUGGUUAUGGGCCACCUCUUCUGCCCGUGCCUCCAUUGCCUGACGUUGUUCAUGACCAGUCUGCCAUGCUGGGUGUAGACACUACAGCUGGGAACUACUCCAGCCUGCUCAGUGGACUUCCUGCACUACCUGACUCCUCCUCAGUCUCUUCAGCGGCCGGAGCGUCGUCGUCUUGUGAAGCGGUUGAGACAAAGGCGUUGCCACAGCUCAGCUUUGGUUCCAGCAGAACUGGAGAAGAGUGCUUCCCUGGUUUUCCCAGCCCACCACCCAUCUGCAGGGCCAGCCUCCCCCUCAGCCUGCUCCUCAACCCCGACAACCACAUUGUUCCCUUGAUGCUGGACCCUCCCAACAGCCAAUGCAGCUCCUCCAGCCAGGAAAACAGCUCCAGGGAAGCCUUCACUUACAGCAUCCAGCAUCAAGGUUUGAGUUCACCGGUCUCCUGCAACUGCCCUGAGCAGCUGGAGUUGGCAGGCGACCUAGAGACCCCUUACUCUCCCUACAGCAACCUGGGUGGAAUUUACCAGCUGCCCCAAUACCCCCAGCUCUCCCAGUUCCACCAUCUGCCGGGUCACCUGGCCAGCAACGUGCUCUCCAGUCUCAGCCUGGCUCCUACAUCAUCCACAGAGUCCCACACAGGUUUCCUGGCCUUACCUGGUGACAGCGGAGUCAUAACCUGUGGGGCAGCAGGAGCCACACAAAGCUACGUACAAAACCACGUGGAGGAGCAGCCCUCCUUACAGCAGCCAAAUGGAAACUCGGCAGGCACCUCUGCCUAUCAAGCUGUCCCUGGGAAUGAUUUCUAUAUGCCGGGAGCUCCAUUCUCAAAUCAGUUGCAGUCAGGAAUGCCAUUUUCUAGCACAGCAGAAGGACAGUACUUCCCAGAGCAGGUUUCCUACGCUCAGCCACCUUGACUGCCCUCCUCUCCAUGUUUUCUUCAAGUGCCUCAUGGAACAACACUGGGAUCCGUGCCACAUACUGGAAAACCAAAGAGGAGGACACCACCAGACCAGAGUUUAUACCAGUGCCACCAAACAGAGCCAGCAGAGCUGACGUUGCUUGCUGAAAGAGAAGAAGUAGAGAGUAGCAGCAAGCAAGGAGAGACUAUCGUUGAUAUUAAAGAAGAAACAAAUGACUUGUGCUGCACUCUGCGAGGAAAAAAAAACAAAGGAAGAGGAAACAUUACCAUUUUAAACUCUGCAAAAUAA